AUGUCCUAUGUAACUGAAGACAGUCCCCCUGAACACUUACAAGUUGGCAAUGGUGACCCUAAUCUGAUGUUACCCACUGAAGAUCAGUAUGACGUAAGUCUGGCCGCAGCAGAAUAUUAUCAGACAGGAGGCUAUUGGCAUAUUGGUACACAAAUGAUGGAUUGUUUAUUCCCAACUGAUCGUAUUGCUGAUGUGGCUUUCGAUCCAUUGGAAGAAUUAAUAUGGUGUGUCACACAAACAGGGCAACUAAGUGCUUUUUAUUCAACCACUUUGGAACGUUAUAUCAGUCUCACUGUCCCUUUAAUUUCUGAUGUAAACUCUUUUGAAAAUGCAACACCUUACAAUGAAUUAAAACUAGUCUUUCCAUCUCCGCGUCCUAUCGAGCAUUCUGUCUUUGUUUUGGCUAACAAUGGACUAUAUGCUUUCGAGAAAACGGGAAGACCACUAGCGUCAGCUGUGGAUAAAUUAAUGCUGGAACUCGAAUGCUUGGCUGUGACAGGUCCGACAGGUUCUUUACCAGGAUCAAGCAUCAGAGCAGGUGGUGUUGCUAGUUUCGCAAGAUUUUUCUUGGGUGGUCUUCAGCCAACUCUUCUGGAAGUAGAUGCUACUGAACGUUGGGGUGAAAUAAUCAGUACAGUAGAUGUUGGAAUCGGAGGUUCUGUAGUUCUUAGACCGUUCAGUGGUGGACUCUGUGCAGCGAAUACAAAUGGGAAAGUUAUGAUUAUCGACCCGCGCACUGAUUGUGGCAUUGUCCGUGAGCUGGAUGCGCAUACUGGGGAAAUUUCAGAUAUCACCGUCGAUGCACAUAGUCAUACAUUGGUUACUUGUGGUUGGUCACGUGUUGGAGAUUCAGGACUACGCGUGGAUAGGUUAUUAAGGGUAUAUGAUCUUCGAUCAGGUCGUGCUCAAGUUCCACUAUCCGCAUCAAUUGAUCCAUGUUUCGUUCGAUUUAUUCCUGGUUGUAGUGACAAUCUACUGGCUACUUCUCAGACUGGUGCUUUUCAAACCAUUCAGUGGGGGAAAAUGGUAUUUUCCCCGGAAGAUUUAGGUCAAGUGUGGUUAAGCUAUGACCGAUUAGUGGCUACAGAUAUUUCACAAAAUGGUAAUUGCGUUGUUUUUGCUACUGAAACCGGUCAACUUCAAUUAUAUAUUCAUGAUAUGAAUAUAUGCCAUUUCAACAGUUCACCGUUGCCGACGGAAUUCGCAUCACCACUCGCUGAAAGUCUAUGGCCAACAAAUACAUUAGAGACUGCUAUUCCUCUGAAUUAUUCAUUAAUGAUGUUUGAUGAUCCUAGCAGUAGUCUUUAUGGAACUAAUUUGGCUUUAUUAGGUAAAACAGCAGCAAAUGCUGUUGGAUUACAAAUGUUCGCUGCCUCUUUGCACCAACCGACUGAAAUGAUUUCAAAUCCUGAAUAUGUGGAUCUUGUAGAACGUCGGAAGACCGAGGUGGCUAGAGAAGCUGUUCUCGCUGCAUACAAACCGGUUGAGUAUGAUGACUACCGAUUUUCAUUCGCCAGCAUUCCUUUUGCAGCUUACCCACCACCUACCUUCGAUUCAACCAAUCCAAUUGAAGAAGAAUCUAGUUCAAUAUGGAUGCCAAAAUCAGAUACAAUUUGUACAUCAGAUUGGCCACAAGAUCUAAAUCAAUCUAAAUUCAAAGUAAUGGAAGAAGUCGACCCAGACCUACUUAACAAUGCUAACACAAAAAGAGCUGUCAGAAAACCAUCUCAUUGGGGUUCUGUAUGGCAUCCAUAUUCGAUAGAUGCAGUUAUUGAAGAGAUAGAUGGAGUAAAUCAUCGAAUGGGUGGCAUCAAUUCUAGUCCGUUACAGUUUGGUCGAUUCGAAUCUGCGGUAGAGAAAUUAACAACAGCCACCGCUGACAUCGAUACAGCUACUACCGAGACUACAAAAUCAUCUGCGUCAAAAUAA